AUGUAUAAAUCAGGAUUAAUAAGAUUGUUGUAUUCAGAUGGUAUUCAUGAUGUUUUGCAUCAUUAUAAUAUCGCCAGGUUGAAUUAUGUUCAGAAACAGGUGACCGACAAACUCUACGUUCAAUUCAUUGAUUUCAAGCCGUUCUGUAAGAUGCCACCAACACAAAUACAGUAUAUGCAACAACCACUCUACAAUGACCUGAGAGUAGCAAUCAACUUGCUAGUCAAAUCGAUGAGACAACCAAAUGUUUCGCUUGUCGAAGACCUCCAGAUGCCAGUGUUGAGCAAGCACAUCACUCAGCUGAAGCGAUACGAAGCAAUCUUGGACACCUACUACAAGGUUCUCUACGGUCUAAACAUGAAGUUGGACGUCACUAUAAUGCCACACAUUGCCAAUGCGCAGUUGUUGGCAAGCCAACCGAACGCCGCACAACCAUUGCAAUCCACCCCGUUGGAACAGGAGGUCGAUGCCAUCUUUGUCGACAAGAUCGACUAUGACUUUCUGGCGGCGAACAGCAGCAGCGAACAGUCACUGUCGUCGUCGCUCUCACCAAAGAUGAAAAUCAUCGAAACACAAUCGAGUUAUCCAACCGACUUUUAUUACUCUAGCUACGAUAUCGGCAAGAUCGACAACAAAGAGUUGUUCACACCACCAUUCAAGGGUGCAGUACUCGGUGGAACAUUCGACAGAAUCCAUCCAGGUCACAAAGUUCUGCUUUCGAUGGCAGCACUGCUCUGUUCGGAAUACAUGGAGAUAGGUGUCACCGAUAACACCAUUUUGAAAUCGAAAAAAUACAGUGAGCUGAUUGCUCCAUUCCAAGAGAGAUCGGAUAUCACCUAUAAAUUUAUGAAACAUUUAAAUCCAUAUGUUGAAUAUAAUAUGUUAAGAUUAUUAGAACCAUAUGCAAAUACAAAGGUUAGCAAUCGGUUGGAAGUUAUUAUUGUAUCACCAGAGACAAAGAAUACGGCGUUGCACAUCAAUGAAGAGAGAGUUAAAAACAAUUUGAAACCACUUGAGAUCUACGAGAUUACCUAUUUCGAUGGUGUCGAUCAAGGCUCGGAUUUCAAAUUGAGUUCAUCAUACUUGAGAGAAUUGGAUUAUAACAAAUUACAAAAUAAUAAGUAA